GCUUAAAUAGCAGGCAUGCUGUCUCUAGUCAGCCAGCAGCUGAUCCAGCUUCCAGUCACCAUGAAGGCUCUCCUGACUCUGGGGCUCCUUCUGCUUUCUGUCAGUGUUCAGGCCAAGGUCUAUGAACGCUGUGAGUUGGCCAGAACUCUGAAAAGGAAUGGAUUGUCUGGCUACAGUGGAGUCAGCCUGUCAGACUGGGUGUGUUUAGCUCAGCAUGAGAGCGGUUAUAACACGGAAGCUAUAAACUACAACCCUGGAGACCAAAGUACUAACUAUGGGAUAUUUCAGAUCAAUAGCCGAAACUGGUGCAAUGACAGCAAAACUCCAGAUGCAGUGAAUGCUUGUGGGAUACCCUGCAGCGCUCUGCUGCAGGAUGACAUCACUGAAGCCAUGGAAUGUGCAAAGAGGGUUGUGAGCGAUCCCCAAGGCAUUCGACCAUGGGUGGCCUGGCGCAAACACUGUCGAAAGCGAGAUCUGCCCCAGUAUAUUCAGAACUGCGGAGUCUGACCACUGUGUGCUUGUACUGCAGCUCAUUCUGUCUCUCUCUCACUAUAGGAGUAGAUAUGGGAAAGUUCACACUUCCUCACUUUCCCCUCUAACAGGACUCCAGAAGAAACAGGACAAAAUGGAGACUGCUUCCUAAGAGGCUUAAUGCUGAUAUUGUGUUUGCUGUGUUGUGCAAAGCCUCCCUUGCCAGUCAGCUAAUGCACUGGACCUCUGCCGACAGUCACAAAGCACAGUGAUUGCCACACCCACACCUCUGUAUAUCAGUUCUUCACCCAGGAAGUGAUUUACAUUGAGUUCCUUUGGAGUUCAUCUUGUUCAGCCCUGUGCUGCAUAAGAAUUCUACAAAUAUUUACAGGAGAAGAGUUGAUCUGGGAAAAAUGGCAGUUGUGUGAGCUCCAGGGCUGUGUGCAGGCUCAACACCCCGUUAGAACAGCCUCGGUGGUGUGCGGGGGUGGGG